UUCUACUUGCCCUCUCUCUAUAAAAACAGGUUGCAAAUAUUUUCUUCACAAACAAACAUCAACACUUCAUCUCUUCUCUUUCUUCAUCUAUCUUCAACCAAGUUUGUGCAUACAAAGAAUUCAAUCGGAAAGAUGAUUCAAAUUUCAUCCACCAACUACAUGCCUGAAUUUGGAUUAAUGGAGGACACUACUUUGUUUAGUGAUCAUGAAUACCAAAUGGAUUCAUAUGCAUUCCAGUUUGAUGAUAUGGCAUACUUCAAGUCUUUCUCAGAAUCCCCACAAGAGAGUACUUAUUCCUCUCAUACCAACAUCAACAACAAGCGAAUCCAUUCCGAAAGCACACAGAACAGUUCUUUCCCUACUCAAAGUCCAGAUCAAUCUGUUGCCUCAGCAACACCACCAACUAAACUACUCAAGGCUUCUCCCAAAAUCAUUUCAUUUGAUUACUCGAAUAAUGAUUCAAAGGUUAAGAAGCCUAAAACCGAGAUCGGGUAUGGUGAAAACUUGAAUUUUGGAAGUGUGAUUUCUCAAGGUGAUUAUUAUAAACGAGAGAACAAGGUUUCUGCUGUAAAUAGAAACCCUAUGCAGGCUCGAGAUCAUGUUAUCGCCGAAAGAAAACGAAGGGAAAAGCUUAGCCAGAGAUUCAUUGCACUUUCCUCUAUUCUUCCUGGACUCAAAAAGAUGGACAAGGCAACUAUUUUAGAAGAUGCUAUAAAACAUAUGAAGCAACUACAGGAAAGAGUAAAGACUUUAGAGGAACAAGUAGCCGAUAAAAAAGUCGAAUCAGCAGUUUUUGUGAAGAGAUCAAUCCUCUUCGACAAUAAUGAUAGCUCCUCUUGCGACGAAAACUCCGACCAAUCACUCCCGAAAAUCGAAGCAAGAGUUUCUGGAAAAGACAUGCUCAUCAGAAUCCAUGGUGAUAAACAUUGCGGCCGAUCUGCGGCCGCAAUACUCAACUUAUUGGAAAAGCAUCAUCUCACAGUUCAAAGUAGUUCUAUUUUACCAUUUGGAAAUAACUAUGUUGAUAUAACCAUUGUUGCUCAGAUGAACAAAGAAUAUUGCUUGACAAUAAAGGAUCUUGUAAGAAGCAUAAAUCAGGUUUUGAGGCAGCUUAUUUGAUCCAAAACAACCAGUUUCAAGGCAUCAACAUUUGUUGAUGUGCAUGCUAAUGAGUCAUGACUAUAGUCUAUAGUAAUGACCUAAGUUUUAUUAUGGCUUUUAGUUUUAAUAUCAGAGAUUUCUUUUUUUUUUUUUUUUUUUGGUCCAUCAUUUGGAUUAUUGAGGUAUAUAUUUGAGUGCAGAGUUCAACAUAUGAUAAUGCCAAGGUGUUUUCUUGUUUUUUGCACAAUGGCAUUUUUUAGAACUCUGCAUCUCUUUUUUUUUUCUUUUUCUCUUCACAUAAGAGGGAUUUUUUUUAGACAAUUUGACUAUUCAGAUAGAUCUGUUUCGUCCCUCUUUCACGUUGUGGAGAUUGAAUAACAAUGUUGAUUGUAUUUAUUUUUAUAAUGUUUCUUUUGUCGUUUUGUGAUGGAUUCGUUCUAUAUAAAACUUAUGAUUAUUGAUUGUGACUAAAUGACAACUUGUUCUACCAAAUAUAGUAUUGGAUUCUCGUGUGGAUGCA